GAAUACUUGUGCUACCGAGCCGCGCCAUCUUGUUGAGAAAGAUAUACACACGGACGCGAAUCGUGAGCAGUACCUCCGGACCGUGGAAGAUUGCGCGAAGAAAAGCGGUGGCCGAGCCUGCUGUGUGCUGGAAUUGUUAUUCCAGUGAAGAUUUAGUGAAACCGCUUGUGGAAAGCCAACAAGCAACCCGACUGACAAGUGUAAGUGAGUGGGAUUAGCAGCGGCACCACCAGCAGCACCAGCAGUAGCAGCAGCAGCAGUGGCAGCAGCGUGCCGAAAAUUUUCACCCCGCAGAACUAGCACAUCCCGUUCAGCUCUUUUUUUUCAUCACUUUUCCUCGUUCUAUUGGCUGCUGCUAGCCUGCCUGGCUGCCCGUCUGUCUUCCCGUCUGGUCCUGUGCAGCAGGGUAAUGUUUGCAAGAAUAUGAUGUUGUGACGACGGUGCGAGGAGUGCGUGUGUGUGUGUGUCUGCACAUGUGUGCACGUCGGUGUUAGUGAGAAGAGAAAGGGCUUCAUCAUCACUGCUGCCCUGUGUACGGUGCGCGCUUGUGUGCGCGCGUGUGUGUGCGUCAAAUUUGGAUGCUGGUGGAUAAGCCCGUCCACGCUCCGUGUGUGUUGCACAGGCCGCGGCAGUGAAGUGAAGUAAAACAAAGUUUGUCCGUGGCACCGCACACAAUUGGCCCUGCGAAAAUUACUUACCAACCAACGGUACACGUACGGCGAGGAACAGAAAACAAGAAAAACAACAACGGAAGAAACAAACGCAUGUGAAGCCUUGUACCGGACAGGGGGGCGGUCCAAGCAAGCCGUCGUCAUUUGCCCCCGUUCAGGAAGGAUGGGGAGAGGGUGCUUUUUUUUGCACACAUCGUGAACAUUCCGCAUCGCACCGUGGGAUGUCAUUGGGUGUGUGUGCGUGUCUGGUGCGCCCAAGUGAAUGCAUUACAGAUUCGUGUGUAACUGACCAGCCACUCAACGCAGCACGGUUGUUGUUUUUUUUUGUUUCAUUUGCACCGCUCGUGAAGCUCACGGUAUCGUGCUGUGCGCGUGUGUGUGUGUGUGUAGGAUGAUAGAAUGUGAGCAAAAAAAAAAGUUGCCCGAAAGAGUAAGGUAGGGCUGGCAAGCGCUCUAUCUCUCUCUCUCUCUCGCUCGCUCGCUCUCUCUGCGGGGGAACCACGGAGUAGAAGAAAGUGUGAAAGUGAUCGUGAAGAAGAGGAAGAAGAAGAAAAAAGUGAAAAAUAAUUAGCAAACAUCUGCUAAAAAUUUUCCCUUUCCAAGCACCACGUGUGUAUGUGAGCGUGCGCGCGCGCCCGCCCGUGUGUGUGUGUUUGUGCGUAUUGUUUGUGUUGUGCAAAGGUGUGCAAUAGCAGGAAGUGCAAGCAAGGGGGAAAAGGGAAAGAUCCCUUCAAAGCGACCCGCGGUUGAUUUAUUUUCUAUUUUUCCGGCUUUAGUUGGCUCAGCUCUGUGCGGGUGUGUGUGUGAGCGGGUUUUCCUCGAUCGAUCUGCCGAGUAGUAGUGUGUGUGUGUGUGUGCCGUGUGCCUAACCCAGUGUGCGCGUGUCGGGCAUGUGUGGUGCUGUGCGUAGGCGCGUGUGUUUGCCGGGGGCAUGAUAGUAACCCCUCGAUCGGCCUCGCUCACACUCAACGCAGCAAGCGAAAGCGUCGUCGUCGUCGUCGGUGGUGAUCGUCGUCGGCGUUGCCAACCCCUCGAUACCACGACCGUCGGUGGCGGUGGUGGUGGUGGUGGUGAUAAGAGUAGCAGGAGCAGCAGCAGCAAUCACAGCAACCAUAACAACGGCUGCGACGACCGGAGGGACGGCGUCCCCAUCAUUAGCAACCUGUUGAUUGGCAGCCCAGCCGACAUUUCGGUUGCUGGACAGCGGCACGAAGCAGCGGCCAGGUGGCGGCAAGCGAACGGUAGAGCGAACGACGGCCACCGGUUCGCCAUCUGCACGAGACGGGAGCAACAACGUAGUACGGCAGGUACCGUUCCGCGCGGUGGGCAGCCCGAAAGCGGCAGCACGUACCGUACCGGCGUGACGGAAGGUGGUGGUGGUGGUGCGGCGGCGGCAGCAGUAGCAGUAGCAGCGGCAGCGACGGCCACGUUUGCGGAAGCCGGCACAAGUCACGACGAUCGGCUGCGCGGUGGUAGUGCGGUUGGUGGAGAAGUAGCGGCUGGAUUCGAACGCGUCGAAGGGAUUGGUGGCGGCGGGGUAGGCGAAGCGGAAGGAGUGCGACGUAGUAGCACGGCAACGGCAACGACGAGCGGUCAGCGCCAGCAGCAGCAGCAGCAGCAGCAGCAGGAACCGUUCGCCCCGAAGACGGCCAGCAGUAGUGGUGAUAGUGUCGGGGGCGGUGGCGGAGGUGGUGGUGGUGGCGGUGGUGGACGAGGGUUCCAUUUCCCCGCGCAUCAACCCGGCCGGCAAGAGGGAGUGGACAUCGUCCUGCCGGUCGCUUCGUACGUGGGAGUGGUGGACAGUGGUAGGCGACAGCAGCAGCAGCAGU